UGUAUGUUGUAGCUGUUUGUUUCAAAGCCUCGUGGCAAGCAACUGUACACUGCGCGUGGAUUCGGUUCAGGCGGUGGCGAAUUUUACCACAGACAUGUAUGUAGGGCAAUGGUAUGGAAUAAAGUGGUUUACCAAUAGGUAUGUAGCACCAGAACAAAUUUACCGGGACUUCACACAAGAAUUAAGCAGACGACAGGAUGGUAACUUAACCAUGACCUACCAUGGCAGAGACCCAGUCAACAGCCAGGGAUGUAUACAGUUUUAUUCCACCGUCUAUCUUACAGACACUCCAGGAAAGUUUCGGUUAGACUUUCAAGAUCAUGGAAAUUUUGUGGAUUACUGGGUUGUAAAAACCGACUAUACCAACUACUCAGUGGUAUACGAGUGCAGUAAACUGAACGACGACAACACGUGUAAGAAAAUUAUAACAUGGGUCUUCAGUCGCCACCAAACCCUGCCAGAGAGUUUAAUGGCGGAAGUUGAUCACGUGAUAGAGAAUUUGUGUUUGAAUGAAACACAGUUCUACACAACAACUUACUCCAAAAGUUGUUCUGAUUCAACCAGUGCAGAAUCCGUUCUUGGCUAACUUGGGACUUGUUUCGAUGUAAAUCAAAUAUGUUUUAAAUAAAUUAUUAAGCAGCAGUCCUUGUCAGCACAUAUAAACAGAGAGGGACUGGAGAUCACGAACUGCUUAUAACCUAUCCAUAAACAUAUGCUUUUUAUUUCUACUGAGAGUUCAACAGAAAACAAUAGGCGUUGUCAUUAUUUGAUUGUCAAGUAUUCAGAAUCUACUUUUUGAUUCUUUAUCGAUAACAGUAUGAAUGGAUUACAAAAUGUAUUUAUUCUAUUAAUACUUUAUUUACAGCUUAAUGCUUGACACUUUUCCUUCAUACUAUUAAUUCCUUUUGCUUUCUUUCCAGCAUAUUAUAAUGCAUUAUUUUUCUUUCCAGCAUUUGAUACCUUAUGAAUUUAUAUAGCAUAAUAUGCCCCUAAUGUUUUUCUGUUAUCAAUUAUUUUAAUCUUGUAUAGCUCGUGGGAUAUUUUACAUUUGAUUCUCAGCUUACUUGAUAGUUUCUCGAUUAAAGCGUUUUCUCAUAAGUUCAAUAUACACAUUUAGAACACUCCUGAGAUUUGUAUUAAUAUCCAAUAUGACAUCACCUGCAUUACUUAGCAACUUUCAAUUUUUUUAUCUUGUGAAUAUGUAUGCAGGGAAUUUACUCCCUCAGAAUUGAUCUGUUAUUUUGUAUAAAAUAUUCGGCUAUUCCGUAAACAAUAAGAAAUGAUUUAUAUUAUGGAGAUCAAAGUACAUUUUUUCCCCAAAAGAAUUGAAUUUCAUGUGCUUAUGUACAGACAUGAUGAAAAAAAUUAUUCGAUAGUUAUGAUUAUUUGAAUAUCAGUGUAAAAAUAAACAUACAUUCUU